GAGAGAGAGAUCAUGUGACAAAUGACUGAGCCUAGCUUGCUGAAUUGCGAUGUGAGACAAACCCACACACACCGAGCGGGGCUUAAUCGCAUAAACACACCGUAUCUUAUGACUGCUGGUAGCAAAGCCUGAACAUCAGGCGGGCGGGGAAAGAUCCAGAUCCAGUUCUGUGCUGUUUGACUGGCUGCUGCUGCUGCUGCUGCUGUUACCUGGGGAGGCAAGAGAGAAGCAUCGAUGCCUCCGGGUCAGUACUCGCUCAUGAGCCUGGACCUAUUCUCGUCAUCGGGCCUCCUGCACUGAGAUAAUGAAAGGAUGGAUGGACGACGAUGCGGCGGGGACAACGGGCUGAAGGAUGCUGCUGCUGCAGCAACUCGCCGGGAUGAGGAGCAGCAUCACAACACGAUGAACUCGCCGGAAGAAGCGGGAGCGGAGGAUCUGUCUCUGGAGGAGAUACUGAGGCUUUAUAACCAGCCCAUCAACGAGGAACAGGCAUGGGCGGUGUGCUACCAGUGCUGCAGAACGCUGGCGAAGGAGCACCGGGGCGCUGCCGCCACCGGAGCAUCAUCAGCGGCUACACCGAGGAGGAUAUCCGGACCGGGGGGUGUUAGGAUACAGAAGGACGGGUCUGUGAGGGUGGACCACCAGGGCUGUGAAGGUAAAUACAGCCCCUGCACAAUAACAGAGGUGAUCGAGUCUCUGGGGAUCAUGAUUUACAAGGCUCUGGACUACGGGCUGAAGGAGAAUGAGGAAAGGGAGCUGAGUCCUCCUCUGGAGCAGCUCAUUGACCUCAUGACUAACAUGGCUGAGGCUGAGAGGGAAGCAUGCCUUGACGAAGGGUAUGAGGCCACAGAGGAAGAGGACGAGGUGGAGGACUCUGAUAACGUCUCUGGCAUUCGUGGCUACAGAGAUAUUUUGAAUCUGUGCACAGCUCAUCUACCCAGUGUGUCAGAUGCACCCAGUCAUUACCAGGCAGUGUGCCGAGCCCUGUAUACAGAAACCAGAGAGCUGCGCACUUUCCUGGAGAAGAUCAAGAGUGCCAAAGAGAACCUCCGUAAGAUGGAGGAGGAGUCAUCAGAGGAGCCUGGCCGAGACCUGAACGAGUUGCAGAAUGCUGACUGGGCUCGAUUCUGGGUUCAGGUGAUGAGGGACCUGCGUGAAGGAGUCAAGCUGAAGAAGGUGAAGGAGCGUCAGUACAACCCUCUGCCUAUUGAGUACCAGCUCACUCCCUAUGAGAUGCUCAUGGAUGACAUCAGGUCCAAACGCUACAAACUGCGUAAAGUCAUGGUCAAUGGAGACAUCCCACCAAGAUUAAAGAAAAGUGCUCAUGAAGUCAUCCUGGAGUUCAUCAGGUCCAGGCCCCCUCUCAAUCCUGUGUCAGCUCGGAAGCUGAAGCCACAGACUCAGCCUCCUCCCACGCUGCACGAGCGGAUCCUGGAGGAGAUCAAAGCAGAGAGGAAACUUCGUCCAGUCUCUCCUGACGAGGUCCGCAGAGGAAGGCUGGGUUUCGGCAAAACUCGCAGUAUGCCGCAGGAUUUAUUCCGUACUGGAAUAGAUGAGUUCAGCCCACGUAUGGGCAGGAGGACAUCCAGCUCUCUGUCUCUCACCAACGGAUCUGGAUCACCCAGAGUCGAACCCUCUGGAUCUCAGUCAGUUCCUCAGAGAAAGAGGCUCCUGAAAGCUCCCAGCCUCGCUGAACUGGACAGCUCUGACUCUGAAGAUGAGAUUGUGGGACACAAAUCAGCAAGCAGCUCCAGCGUGGCGACAUCUCUGAUGGAUGACACGUCCCCAGAGUCUGUGCUGGGGAAGAAAACUCCACCCAUGUUCCUGCCCAUCUCCUCUACACCUCAACCAGAGAGGCGUCAGACCCCCCAGAGAAGACACUCUAUUGAGAAGGAAACACCCACUAAUGUCCGACCGUUUCAGCCGCCCUCCAAGCAGAGCUCCAAGUCUCUGGUUGGAAUCGAAAUCUCGCAUCACUCCUGGAUUCCCUUCCUUCUCCACCCUUCUCCCUCCACUCUGUGCCCUUUGUGGAGCUCCAACCCUAUCGAGGUGUUUGUGUUGCGGUUGGUGAAGACACUUUUUGCUCUGUGCAGGAAGGUUUACAUCCUUCGAAGAGACUCGGCCGAGGAGGAGUUCUGUUUUCCUGUGGAGUGUCUGUCUCUGACGGUGGAGGAGGUGAUGCACAUCAGACAGGUGCUGGUGAAGGCGGAGCUGGAGAAAUUCCAGCAGUACAAAGACAUCUACAAUGCCAUGAAGAAGGGGAAGCUUUGCUUCUGUUGUCGAGCCAAAAGGUUUUCCUUCUUCACCUGGUCCUACACCUGCCAGUUCUGCAAAAAGCCUGUGUGCGCACAGUGCUGCAAAAAGAUGCGGUUGCCAUCCAAACCUUAUUCCAGCUUGCCCAUCUACUCCAUUGGCUCCACCAACACUCUCCCCAGGGAGAGAAUAAGUGCCAUGGCUUCUGUAGGACAAGGACUGUCAGUGGCUGGAGCCCCAGGUGCAUCUAAACCAGGAGAGGCUGCUGCAUCCCCCGCUUUGAAAGAACCUGCAAAAGGAGCAUCUAAAGGUCCCAAAAAAGCUCCUGGGGCUGCGACAGCAGCAGCAGCUGCUAAAACUGACAAGUCCUCCAGUAACCCACAGCGCCACAGCAUCCAGAAGACCAUGUCUAAGUUUUCGAAGCACGGCUCUUUAAAGUCUCAUGAAGAACUGGAGCUUCCCCCAGAGCUGACGGAGGACUGGGCUACCAUGGAAGUCUGUGUGGACUGCAAGAAGUUCAUCUCUGACAUAAUCGCCUCCAGCAAGCACAGUCUGUCGCUGGCCACCAAGAGGGCUCGCUUAAAACGCAAGACACAGUCGUUCUAUAUGUCCUCCCCUAAAGGAAGGGAGGAGUACCAUCCCUCUGAACGAACAAUCAGUGAAAUCUGAAACUCUGUAACUCUCCUUCUGGCUGCUUCCAGCUCCAAUGGCACAACACUGGAUAUGAUCUUACUGUAUUAGUGGACGUGAGUCGGAGAAAGCUGCCUGAAUGGCUGUAAAAACCUUGGUGGUGGAUAGUCAGGUUUCUGGCUGCUGUGUCCCAAUCAUGAUCAGCUUCUCUAGACAAUACUGUAGAUCUGCCAGUCUUUUUUUGUGUUUUUUUUAAUGAUAUCAUUAAUAUAUCAGAAAAUCCUUUAAUGUGUGGACACAGGCAUUUGACUCAACAGAGACAAAGUGCAAAGGGGACUGACUUCCUUCCUCCAUGAUGGUGCCACGGUCUGUUCCACCUAAACUCGCGUUCACAUAAAAAGCACAAAACAGAAAAGCGAUCGUAUUGUAAACUAAGAGUGACGGUCAUCAAAAAGAAGAUAAAACCGUACAUUUUGUACGGGCUAUAAUUUAGUUUUUUACAUGUAUGUACAGUAAAUAAUUACUCGAUAAAAUGUCACCCUCUGUUUUCAGUUCAGACUUUUGCUGAUGAUGCUCAGGGAGACUCACACUCCUCUCUGCUAUUGACAGCGCUCUUGAAACCAUGCUUCCUUGAGGAAUUCAAGCAAAAUUACCCGUUUUAUUUUCCUCCAUGGGUUGCUACACAAAGAGAAAUCUCACCUGCUUUUAUGUUGACUAUAGUGCCAAAUAAUACCUCCUUAAAUAUAUGUCACCUGAUGUAGUUAUUGAUUUAUGCAGUGGUCUUGCUAAUGGAGGAAGACCACCUCAAGUGCUCCAGCCUCUGUUAAAAUGAAAUAUUCAUGUGUAAUUAGACAAUGAUCAAAGUGAAAGUUCCUUAAAACACUCCUGUCAUGCUUUUUCUUUUGCCAUCUAUAUAUUGUUGUAAUAUAUGAAACAUUGCCACGCUUCAAAUACUGAUACCAGCUUAUGUCUAAAUAAUCUCUCUGAGUCAAAAGCUCAUACAAACGUUGUGUUUGUGAGGGGCAGCCAAUCAGAAUAAAGUUGAUCUGGCUCCAUCGAGGCCCAGUAUAUGAUAAACAAGGAUUUUAACACAAAUAUAGAGAUUAAAAUAAGCCCAAAAUGCCCUCUGAAAAACAAAGAAAAACAUUUAUCAGUGUUUAAUGCUAAUAAAUAUUAUAAAUGUACUUAAUCAGAUCUGUGCGGGUGUUUUAGAUCAGGGAUAAGUGACAGCAGUGUGGUGCUCCAGUUAUUUAGUUUUGCCUUUCUCAGAAAUAUCUUAUCAAAGGUGCUUUAGGGGGGGGAAAGGUCAAAACACAGCUGAGGCUAUGUUAUUGAGAUUUCUAGUCCCUACAAUUAACUGGUAAAUGCCUUUUAAAAUCUUUUAAACUGCACACCACUUGGUAUGCACAGAUGUCUCUAAGGUGCUUUUUUUUGUUAAUUUGUGUGGUAUAAAUAAAGCUGAUUUGAACUUUUUCAAAAGACAAGUUAUAACAUUAAUUAAUUCUCCAAUCAGUCUAAAAUUAUGAUCUCACAACAAUCUAUCCCAGUUUACUUUUAUGAUGAACCAGUUUUGAUCAGUUGUGAAGUUAUCCUUGCACCCUGAUGAGCUUCUAUGAGCAAAAAUCUCCAACUAAUCAUUAAAUCCCGACUUGUAAAUGAAAGCAUAUGAAUGACAUCACCUGUUUCUAGGCAGAAGCAAAAGCACAAGCAAAGUAUCUUUGAUUAAAGGGAAUCAAAACAUCUAACAAAUGUUGAGUUCACCUGCGAUCCCCUCACGCCUACUCAGAGGCUGAUUGAGGAAAAACAUCAUUUUAGGACUGUAACAAAAAUAAUAAUAAUAAUAAUUUCCGACAGUACCAUGACCCAGAUGGUUCAGAUUUGCCUUUAAGUAUUUUACCUGAAAUAUGUGCAUUACUGCAUCUUUUCAAAACAUACCUUAAGCUGAUGCAACACUCUUGCUUUCCCAUGGAUCAAGUUAAUGAUUUGUUUCUGUAUGUUUGCAAAGAUGAAUCAUAAUACAUAAAAUAACAGCACGCUUCCCAGUUUUCAGUCACUCAGAGUUAAUGUUUAUACAAUGCCUUUAUGAUUUCUUUUUUUAUCACUCACAGUCUCACUGGCAGAGAGAUAUAACUUCCUCACAGCCUGGAUGUUUAUUUUACUCUUCAUCGCGUUCCACAUCUUUUCAUAUUUUGCCUUAAAAGAUGCCUUUUGUUAUCGCUCUCACCUGUUGAACAGUCGUCUGCUGUUACUGUACAUACAUCGUUUCAAAGAGUUUGUUUUAUUGUUCAGGUGUGUUGCCUCAAAGAUGACAGUGCUGACAAUGAGACUGCUGUAGAGCUGAGAGGGAAACUGUCCAUCUGUGGAGAAUAGGAGGGCUGCGAAGUCUUCAGAAAAAACCUCUCAGUGUGACAGACAGCAUCAUGCAUGUACUACAGUGUAGCUUGUACCUUCAGUCUGUAUUACCUUCAAGCUGUAACUCCCUGCAGAGAGUGCAACAAAUGACAAGUAUAAACAAUAAACUGUAAUGCAAUACCUGA